GACAGAAGAGUAUAAAAAAUGCAAGGCGUGGAGAGAGAAAAAAGAAAAGUCAAGUAGCUAACUAUUCUAUAGAGGAACACAAAGAUUGAGUGAAAAUGGACAGUGCUCAAAUCACAGUAACAGCAUGUUGUGCUGCCAUAGUAAUUAUUCUAUUGGUGUGUCUAUGGAGAGUGUUGAAUUGGGUUUGGUUCAGACCAAAGAAGUUGGAAAAGUUACUGAAAAGACAAGGCCUGAAGGGAAAUUCCUACAGGAUAUUGUAUGGAGACAUCAAAGAGCUUUCUGGGAUGAUUAAGGAAACUAAUUCCAAACCCAUGAGUCUUUCUGAUGAUAUUGCCCCAAGAUUGGUGCCUUUCAUUUGGAAGUUAAUAGGGAAUCAUCUGCUUGCAGGGAAGAAAUCCUUUGUAUGGUUGGGUCCGAAACCACUGGUGUUCAUCAUGGACCCUGAGCUUAUAAAGGAAAUAUUCACCAAAACCUAUCUUUAUCAAAAGCCUCAUUCAAAUCCAUUAAUCAAGUUACUGGCACAAGGAUUAGCAAGCCAGGAGGGAGACAAAUGGGCAAAACAUAGAAAAAUCAUCAACCCCGCCUUCCAUCUAGAGAAGCUAAAGCAUAUGCUUCCAGCUUUUUGCUUGAGCUGUACUGAGAUGCUGAGCAAAUGGGAAGACAUUGUUUCAGUUGAGGGUUCACACGAGAUAGACGUAUGGCCUCUCCUUCAGCAAUUGAGUAGUGACGUGAUCUCUCGGACAGCUUUUGGCAGUAGCUAUGAAGAAGGUAGAAGGAUAUUUGAACUUCAAAAGGAACAAGCUCAGAAUUUUGUCGAAGCUAUACGCACGGUUUAUAUCCCAGGCUGGAGGUUUUUGCCAACAAAGAGGAACAGAAGAAUGAAGGAAAUUGAAAGGGGUGUUCAUGCCUCAAUUAGAGGUAUUAUUGAUAAAAGAGUGAAGGCAAUGAAAGCAGGAGAGGUUAAUAAUGAGGAUCUACUUGGUAUAUUGCUGGAAUCUAAUUUUAAAGAAAUCGAACAGCAUGGAGACAAGGAUUUUGGACUGAGCAUUGAAGAAGUCAUUCAAGAAUGCAAGUUAUUCUAUUUUGCUGGCCAGGAAACUACAUCGUUGUUGCUUGUAUGGACUCUAAUUUUGUUGAGUAGGCAUCAAGAUUGGCAGGCACAGGCCAGAGAAGAGGUGUUACAAGUCUUUGGGAGUCAGAAGCCAGAUUUUGAUGGAUUGACUCAUCUAAAAAUUGUGACAAUGAUCUUGUAUGAGUCUUUAAGGCUAUACCCCCCGGUAUUGUCACUUAUGCGGCGGCCUAAUGAAGACACUGUAUUAGGAGAUCUAUCGCUACCAGCAGGUGUGCUACUCUCCUUACCAGUAGUCUUAUUGCAUCACGAUGAAGAGAUAUGGGGCGAAGAUGCAAAGAAGUUCAAGCCAGAGAGAUUCAGAGAUGGAGUCUCAAGUGCGACAAAGGGUCCAGUCGCAUUUUUUCCAUUUACCUGGGGUCCCAGAGUAUGCAUUGGACAAAAUUUUGCGAUGUUAGAAGCAAAGAUGGCUUUGGCUAUGAUCCUACAACGCUUCUCAUUCGAACUGUCUCCGUCUUAUGCACAUGCUCCUCAGUCCAUUAUAACUAUUCAACCCCAAUAUGGUGCUCCACUUAUUCUGCAGAAACUGUAGGUUUAGUUAUAAGCAGUGUCUUGUCUUGAUAUAUGUAGUGUUCAAGUAAGGCUUAUAGAACUGCCAAAUGGACCUUCGUUUACACUCGUUUGUUGUAGAUUGUUGUAAUUGAAAAACCGGAUUGUUUACUUUAGAGUUCUAAGUUGUGUGUGCA